AUGCCAGUAAACUCCAAUGCCCUCAGAAAAUUAUGUGAACUCGAGGCCAAAAUUACGGCUUCACAAUCAUGUUCUCGUCCCAGCCAGCUAUUUUCGCCAAUCGGAGCAAGUCCGUACUCAUUGCCGGAGAACCAUACUUCCGCACCCCAUUCGGCUCCGGAAGUGCGCCGGCGGUUGGUGCCCAGAGACGAUUUUGGCAGCUCUAGAGGAAAUGGAUCAGAACAUUAUCGAGUAUUUGCUUCAAAAAGUGACAGUCUUUACAGACGGAGAGGAGGAGGUUACAGAGGGGAAGAGGAUUCUGGAAAGAGCGAGGACGACGACGAGGACGAUGACUUUAGGGUUUUGAGUUCAUUCGUCAGGAACAGAGUGAAAACCGAAGUUCGCGACAAAAUCGAGGUGGAAACCGAAGACGAUGAAUCAGAACACCCAUUAGUCAGAGAAACCUGCAGGUUGAUUUCUCUCAGGGCCGCGUGGUCUCCGGAUCAAGAAUCCGAGCUGAAGCGUCUUUUGCGCCACCUCAAGCCGGGCCAAGUCUGUGCUGUGCUCCGGGCCCAGCCAGACGAGAGGGUUGCACUGGAAUUCUUCCUCUGGGCCCACCGGCAGUGGAGAUACAGACACGACCCUCUCGUUUAUCACGUGAUGCUAAAGGUUCUUAGCAGGACCAAGCUUUGCCAGGGGGCCAAACGAGUCCUUUGCCUUAUGAUCCGAAGGAGAAUUGAGCUCCGGCCCGAAGAUUUCGGUUGCGUGAUGGUGUCUUUUAGUAGGGCCGGGCAUUUGAGGAAAUCCAUGCAGGUUUUGACUCUUAUGCAGAAAGCAGGGGUUGGGCUCGAUAUAUCGGUUUGCAACACGGCAGUUAAUGUUUUGGUGGAAGGAGAUAAAUUGCACAAGGCUUUGAGGUUUAUGGAGAGGAUGAAGGCGGUGGGAAUCGAGCCUAAUGUCGUCACGUAUAAUUGUUUGAUUAAAGGAUAUUGUGAAAGGAGCCAGCUUGAUUGUGCAGUGAAGUUGCUCGAUGAAAUGCCAAUGACGGGUUGUUGUUCUCCGGAUAAAGUGAGUUACGUUACUAUCAUGGGUUUUUUGUGCAAGCACAAAAAAAUCGAUGAAUUGAGAGGGAUUCUUCAGAAAAUGCAGCAGGGAGUGAGUAAAUUGCCUCCCGAUCAAGACACGUACAAUACUCUCGUCCACAUGCUCUGCAAAAACGGCCAUGCAGAGGAGGCUUUAGGGUUUUUACGUGAAGCCGAGAGAAAAGGUUUUCACAUUGACAAGUCGGGCCACACUGCAAUAGUGAACUGCUUUUGUCAUGAGGGUAAAAUGGAUAAGGCUAAGGUUAUUGUAGACGAGAUGCUGUUAAAAGGAUGCAACCCUGAUGUUGUGACUUAUACUGCCGUUCUUGAUGGAUUUUGUCGUUUGGGGGAGAUCGAACGAGCUAAAAAUCUGCUAAAACAGAUGAACAAGCACAACUGCAGGCCCAACUGCGUAUCUUACACAGCCUUGUUAAACGGGCUCUGUCGAAAAGGAAAUUCUUCGGAGGCUAGAGAGAUGAUGGACAUGAGUGUGGGCUGCGGGUGGAGACCCAAUGCCGUGACUUAUAGCGUAAUCAUGCAUGGAUUUCGUCGUGAACGGAAAUAUUCCGAGGCCUGCGACACUGUAAAUGAAAUGAUCGGGAAAGGGUUUUACCCAUCUCCCGUCGAGAUUAACCUCUUGAUCAAGUCACUUUGCCAGGCUGGCCAAACGGAGCAAGCGAAAAAAUUCAUGGAGGGGUGUCUGAAAAAGGGUUGUGCCGUUAAUGUCGUGAAUUUCACGACUGUAAUUCACGGGCUCUGUAAAAGAGGCGACUUGGACUCGGCCCUUUCGGUUUUCGACGAUUUGUAUUUGAAUAACAAACACCCGGAUGAGGUGGCGUACAAUGUAGUUAUAGAUGCACUGGGAAAGGAAGGUAGAAUAGACGAGGCUGUUCAGAUGACUCAGAAGAUGCUUCAUUGUGGUCUUUUGCCUACUCAGUUCACUUAUAAGUCGAUUAUCCAUAAUUUCUGCAAGCAUAAGAAAGUAGAUGAUUUGUCGAGCCUGAUCAAGAAGAUGCUCAGGAGGGAAAAAUGCGAGACGGCGUAUAAUCAGGUUAUUGAGAAGCUUUGUAGUUUGGGUUAUGGGGACGAGGCUUAUAGGCUUUUGGGGAGAGUUUUGAGGACAGACUGUAGAACAAAUGUUGAUACGUGUCACGUUCUUAUGAGAAGUUUGUUGAAAAAUGGGGAUUCGAUUGGGUCAUAUCGAGUGGCUUGUAGAAUGUUUAAGCAGAAUUUGGUGCCCAACUUGAAGCUCUGUGAAGAAGUGAGUAAAAAACUGAUUUCGGUGAAGAAAUUUGUCGAGUCGGAUAAGCUCAUGCUUCUGUUUGUGGAAAACGGGCAUGUCUCGCCUAAGGUUAAAGAGGCCGCAAUUUUUGUUUGCAGAAUGCAACCAACAGAGAGGGAAAGAAAGAAGGAAAGAACUGAGAAAGAGAUAACGGAAAAUGAAAGAACAGAUGCUGAAUCGUUUAUUGCUGUCAUUGAAUAACGACGAGUACGUAAAUGCUGAACCAACCACCUGGAAACAAAUGCUGGAGGCCAUUUCAAAUAUGACUCUAGUUGAGUGCACUUGACAUGGUCUUCUAUAUUUCCUAUUCUCAGUUUUAAAAUUCAAUAUUUUUCGACUAAUUGUGGUUUUGAUGCAUGAUGUUACCCUGUGAACACAUGGCUAGAUGGAUAUUCACAGACAUAAGUGGGCAAUGGCCUAUAAUAUGAGGUUUUUUGUUCAUUAGGGAACAUUAUAUAGCUCUAGUCUACCUAUAGUGUCCCUUCUUGAUCAAAUAUGUUGGAAAAAUCGUCUUUUUACCGUUAGAUCACACACACACAAACACACACACCCACAUGGAUGUGUGUUGAUCCAACAUUAAAAUACUCGGUGAGAUCACUGCUCUUCACCUGUAGGAUCGAUUUUGCCGAGUAUUUUCUUGGCCUUCAGCCUUCUACUACAUUUACACGAAAUCAAGUUUCGAUUUUUUUUUUAGCUCCUUUCUUUCUUUCUUUCUUUCU